AUGAUUCGACUGAGUGCACAGCUUGUCCUGUAUGGGCUGGCGCUUCCGACCACUACAGCACAUGUGGGCGAGGCUGACGUGGAUGGCUUAGAGUGGCUGGCGGUUGACACCUCGGCCAUCCAGAUUGGGGCCGCGGAGGGCGCGUCAAAUUUACUCGACGCCGCUGCCGUUUCGCACAGCUCGCUCUUGCUCGACACCACCGCCGCUGCCCACAGCUCGGUGCUACUCGACACCGCCGCCACGGCCAUGGACAUGGGCACCGCCUCCGCGUCCAGGGGGCGGCGCCACCCGCGCAUGAGCCCGAGGGUGCGCCCGAGGAGGACGGCGAGGCACAGCGCCGGUUCCUGGCCGCACUCGGACGACCACCCGUGGCGGUGGGGGAAGUUCGGCGCCAACGCGUGCCCAGACCCCGGGGACCUCGAGCUCACCGCGGACGAGUGCAGGUCCAUCACUGCCUACCACUACGAGCCGCGGCGGCUCGGCGACCAGUGGCUCGUCAACAGCCCGCUGCUCCCGAAGGGUUGCAGCGAGGCCGCCGACGAGACAAUCUACUUCAACGAGCACUCGGUCGGCGGUGCCUUGGCCAACCACCGUCCUAUCUGCAGGGCGGACGGUUAUACCAUCUUCGCUGGGGGGUGUCCCACGGGCUUCAUGGAUCUGGACGACGUCGAGUGCAACGUCGCGAGCCAGACCUUCUCGUGGCCCUGGGAUGCGGCGAACCCCCUGUACGACGCAUCUUUGACUAAGGGGUGCUACAGUAAGGAUGGCCACUUGUAUUACAACGACCAUGAGACGGGCACACCCGGCGACAACAACUCGUUCAGCAUCUGCCAGUAUACGCAUAUUGAAAAGCGAGUGGCGGCCGCAGCAGCCGCCGGGGACGAAGAUGCGGCAGCUGCGGCAGCUGCCGCCAUGGAGGCCGAGAUCCAGACGGCAGCUGCCGCUGCAGCAGCUCCCGCCCCGAUGACGAUCCAUACGGCAGCUGCCGCUGCGGCAGCUCCCGCCCCGAUGACAGGUGCAGCGUCGGCGGUGCCGGCGCAAUCCACCUCCGCCAGCGCAGUGGGCGAUCCGCACAUGACCUCUAUCACUGGGGCCAAGUUCGACAUAACACGGUCGGGCAACCACACCCUGUUCCAUAUCCCGCGAUUCUCUGCCCACGAGGCCGCGCUCCUCGACGUGAAUGCUUUCGUCAAGCGCGAGGGGCUGGCGUGUGCGGACAUGUACAUCAACGCUUUGCACAUCACAGGCAAAUGGGCGGACGACGUGCAGCCUGGGGGCUUCAGCUUCACCGCCGACCACCGCAGCCACGUCAGCGGGCGCUGGAUGCCAUUCGGUAAGCUGGAGUUGAAGGUCGUGCAUGGCAAAACGAACAGAGGUGUAAAGUACCUCAACUUGCUUGCCAAGCAUUUGAGCAAGGUUGGCGCUCCCAUCGGUGGCAUCCUCGGGCUGGACGACCACACAGAAGCGGCCACGUCCGACGACCACUGCAAGCGGACACUUUCGCUGCUGUCUCUCGGGACAUCGCCUGACCUUCGGUGGCACGGCUCCGAGCCAGCUGUUCUAAAGUUCUAA